UUGUAAGUAUUAUGCACAAAUCAAAGGACCUUUCUAUAACCUGUCGGGAGAUCCAUAUGGUUGGGUAGUUUCCUGUUGAUCCCAACGAGAAGAGAGAGAGCACACAAAAUUUUAUUAAAUUCUCUGCAUCUUCUAUCAACUGAAUCUAAACUCUUUCACAUUUUCUGGGUUUAUUUUAUUCUUUAUUUAUUUAUAUUUUAAUCACAUUGCUCUAUGAAUUAAGUGAUUCAUUCUUCAAGAACAUUGAGAUUAUAAUUCAUUUCUUGGGUUUUGAUUGAAGUUUCUGCCACAUUUUUGGGAGUUUUUGUUGCACUGUAGGAGAAGGCAAGGGAAAAUAGGAAGUGGGUUUGAUAUAUUUCUGGGUUAAUAUUCUGGAUAAUUUCAAAAUUUUCUGGGUUUUCAAGGAAUUUUCUUUUUGGUGGAGGUUAAGCUAAAAAAAUUCCAAUUUUCUGGGUUUUUGUUUUGGUUGAGAGAGAACUAAAAAAUUCCCACAUUUUUGGUAAUUUUUAAUUUGCACCACAAAGCUGUCCAUUUCAUGAAUGAAUAGUCGUGUGAAAUCAUAUGUCUACUAAGAAGGAAGAAAAGGUGACAUUUGUUUUAAGUGGAAGGGUCCUGAUGUUUUGUGUCAUGGGUCUUGGAAAAUAACAUGUUACCUAGCUUUACUGGUACUGUAAUGGUGAUAUUGGUCUAAAACUGUUUCGAGAACUCGAAAUAACCGCCAUUUUUGUAGGAUUGUAUGGUCAUAGAAAUGGAGGAUAAGAAUGAGGAAAUGCGCUCUUUGGCUUUAACUCCAACAUGGUCUGUUGCAUCUGUUUUGACAUUCUUUGUUGCAAUUUCUUUGCUGGUUGAAAGAUCAAUCCACUGGCUGAGUAAUUGGCUUGAUAAAACACGUCGAAAGCCGUUGCUUCAAACUGUCGAGAAAAUGAAAGAAGAGUUGAUGCUCCUCGGCUUUAUAUCUCUUCUUCUAACAGCAACUUCAAGCACUAUAUCCAGCUUUUGCAUAUCUUCAAAGUUUUUUGGUGGUGUAUUUUCCCCGUGCUCUGAAUCUGAAGUCCAUGAAGCUUCUGAAGAGGAUUUAUCCGAAGGACGUAAACUUUGGACAUCAUCUCCUCAAAAUUUCAGGAGAUUGAUGAGUGUCCUUCAUCAAAAUAAGUGUCCUGAGGGUAAAGAACCAUUUGUAUCAUAUGAAGGCCUCGAGCAGUUGCACCGAUUUAUCUUCAUCAUGGCAGUGACACAUGUAUCUUAUAGCUGUUUAACAAUGCUGCUUGCAAUUGUGAAGAUACAUAGUUGGAGAAAAUGGGAGGACCAAGCUCAGUUGGAUCGGCAUGAUGCACUCACAGAGAUCACAAGGGAGUUGGUAAUGCGAAGGCAAUCAAGCUUUGUCAAAUUUCAAGCGUCAAAUAUUUUGACCAAGAGCAAUUUCUGGAUUUGGGUGACAUGUUUCUUCAGGCAAUUUGGACAUUCAGUGGUUCGUGCUGAUUAUCUUACACUACGCAAGGGAUUCAUUAUGAACCAUAAACUUAGUAGAAGAUAUGAUUUUCACAGCUAUAUGGUUCAAUCUAUGGAAGAAGAAUUUCAAAGAAUUGUUGGUGUGAGUGGUCCACUUUGGGGAUUUGUAGUUGCUUUCAUGCUGUUUAACAUAAGAGGAUCAAACCUAUACUUUUGGAUAGCCAUAUUACCUAUAGCACUCGUUCUUUUGGUGGGUACUAAGCUUCAACAUGUUAUAGCAACCUUAACGCUUGAGAGUGCUGGACUAUCAGGGUUCUUUACGGGAACAAAGUUAAAGCCUCGUGAUGAUCUCUUUUGGUUUAAGAAGCCAGAAUUGCUGCUAUCCUUGAUUCACUUUAUACUUUUCCAGAAUUCCUUUGAGCUUGCUUCUUUUUUCUGGUUUUGGUGGCAGUUUGGAUAUGAUUCUUGCUUUAUAAGUAACCAUCUUCUGGUCUACUUGCGGCUUUUAUUGGGAUUCUCUGGGCAGUUCCUCUGCAGCUACAGCACUUUGCCACUGUAUGCACUGGUUACUCAGAUGGGAACAAAUUACAAGGCAGCAUUAAUUCCUCAUAGAAUUAGGGAGACUCUUCAUGGUUGGAAGAAGUCUGCGGCAAAGAGAAAGAAGAGGCUCGGUAUGUAUGGUGAUGAUUCAACCGUACAUACAGAUGCAAGCACGGUAAUUUCAUUAGACGAAGAUGACAGUCACAUGCUUGAUAUCCCUGUUUCUGGGGCUGCUACACAGUCUGAAAUUGAGCUACAAUCACCUUCCACAGCAGAUGCAAGUCCACCAGUUGCCAAUGAAAGUUCCAGUCGUGUUGGUACUCCUCUCCUCAGACCAUCUGCCUCUAUAUCUGCAAGAAUACCGAGUUCUCAGCAAAUUGACAUUCCACGGUGUUCUUCAAUGCCAAAUAGAAGAACUGAUCAGUAGUUUAAUGAUAGGAUCAUAGUAUUAUGACAUAACGGGAGUUUGUAGAGAAUCUUCCUGUUUAUAGGUUUUCACACGAUUUAUACAACAAAUAAAUCAAUAGGUUAUAGGCUUACUAUAUUGGAUUCGGAUCCUCUCCAGAAAGUGGACCGUCUAGUUACUGGUGGAUUAGAGAAGGUAUGAGGGGUGGAGGGUUUUUUAUUUUUUUUUAUGUACAUGUAUUUUUUUUUUUUUUAAUUUUUCCUCUCAGUCUAGUAACUGAAUGGUCCAUUAUUCGGAGAGAAUCCUGUCUAGAUUGUACUUUUGUAACAUGAUGACAUUCUCAAAAUGCUAAUUGAUGGACAUGAUUAUACAGAAACAAUUUUUUUUUUUUAUUGCAGUUAUUGCUCUGUGUCAAAUAAGAGAAUUGAUUCAAAGUGACGGAAAAGAGUUUGUCAGAUAUAUGCAGUUUAUUAUCAGAGUUGCACUCCAAAUGAGCUUUUAUAUUGUAAUACCAUUGCUAUGAGAUCAUUUAUCACCAGGAUCAGGCUCAUUAACUACCCCAACAUGUCCUGGAUGAUGAAAAUUCUUCUGUGGAUGAAGCAUAUGAGUCGGAUUCAUUGAUUCCAAGCCUUGAGCAGCAUUCCCUUUGAUGAAAUCCAGAUGAAAUGGAGGGGGGGAUUUUGUAUCACAGGUGUAACAAAAAUCCCCGAACUGACAACACUUGACAUUUCCACCGUAGCAAGGUCCACAAUUACCAUCAAUCGAACAACAUCCUUCUUGAUUUGGAUCAUGGCGGGGAAUGUAGGAAGCUAGAGAUACCCUGUGAGCUAAUGAAAGGUUCAUCCAUGGUGAGAGUAGAAGAGAGAAGAAACACAAGUAAAGGGUGUGUAUCGAUUUUAUAGCCAUUUUUUUUAGACUUGCUUUCUGCUAUUAUCGAGUAGGUCUUUGCUAGUGUGCUGGUUUUAUAAUUAUUUAUGGAGCAUGCAUUGUAGUGUGAUGCUGGUUGUGUAAAUUCUACCGUCAUUCUAUACUCAAAAAUCAUGCUACUUGUGUGAGUAGAAAUUUUGUGUUUGUUAGGCUUCAAAAAAUAACAACCUAGCUUAUGCAAAAGAAAUUUAGGGCAAUAAGUAUACUGUGAUGGUUUUGUAUGUAGGAAUUGAAGGUGAAAAAGGAAGUGCAAAUUCAUGUAAAAGACAAUGUAACGUAUACAGUUAUGUUAAGAUCAACCCCAUUAACUAAAUUAAAUAAGGAAAAAAAAUUAAGUUACAAAUGGUAUGUUAAAAAAAAUCAUGUGUGGAAAACUAUCAACUCGUGACAAAUACUUGACCAACCCGCAUUAGUCGAGGCAUAUGGAAAUCGGAAAAAUCGCUAGAGAGAUCAAAUAUUAAUGAAAUUUAUUUAUUUAUCUAUUUUUAUUUUAUUUUUGAAAGGAAAGAUACAAAA